AUGAUCCGUCGCCUCAAAAAUGACGUGCUCACCGACCUGCCUGAUAAACGCAGAGAGGUUGUCUAUUUAUCUGGCGAUAAGAUCGAUGUGCGAAUGGAUAGUCUUCAAAAAGCGAGGAGGGCCUUCGAAAUGAAUAGCGGUGGACAAAUGGGAGAUGCGAAAGGAGGAAACGGAGAUCUGUUGGAGUAUUUCAGUCUUACUGGUAUCGUAAAGGCAGGAGCUGUCUGCUCGCAUAUUCUCGAUAAUUAUUUCUAUCCGGAUGCACCAAAGAAAAAACUGCUCAUUUUCGGUCAUCACCAAAUUGUCUUGGAUACGGUGCAAGUAGAAGUCCAAAAGCGAAACUUAAAGUCGAUCCGAAUAGAUGGAACUACGUCGUCUAAGGAUCGUGGAAGAUUAUGCCAGGAGUUCCAGGAAGACCCAGACGUAGAGGUCGCCAUCCUAUCAAUGACUGCAGCUGGAGUUGGAAUAACUCUUACUGCUGCCUCUGUUGUUAUAUUUGCUGAAUUGCAUUGGAACCCCGGAACAUUAUUGCAGGUGAGAUGA